CCCCCUAAGCUCACUUUAUUUACAUAUCCGUCGUUCUUUACAUCGAUCUUCCAUUGCCUUCUUCUUCUUCUUCUUCUUCUUCUAACGUCGGGAAAUUGGUCUGUUUCCAGAUAGAGAGAGAGAGAGAGAGGGAGGGAGGGAGAGAAGAUAGAGAGCCCCCUUUAACCUUUUUGACAUGAGAUAGUUUUGCUUUUGAUUUGAGGGUUUCUGUUGCAUAACUAGAACACAUUAAUGGUUAAUCUGAUUUUAAAGGAUGCAGCUGGAGUUGCAGGAAACAUCUUUGCCCUUGGCCUGUUUGUGUCUCCCAUACCGACGUUCCGACGAAUCAUCAGAAACCGUUCAACAGAAAAUUUCUCUGGAUUGCCAUACAUUUAUGCCCUCCUGAACUGCUUCAUCACCAUGUGGUAUGGCACUCCUAUUAUAUCGAUCGAUAACAUACUGGUCAUGACGGUCAAUGCAACGGGUGCGGCUUUCCAGUUGGUGUACGUACUUCUCUUUAUCACAUGUGCUGAUAAAGCAAAGAAGGUGAGAAUGCUUGGAUUGCUAGCGGGGGAUAUCAUUUUGUUUGCAAUAAUUGUCGUGGGGAGCCUGCAGAUUCCUAACUAUCACUUGAGGCAGAUAGUUGUUGGGGUGAUAAGUGGCUUCACUCUGAUAUCCAUGUUCGCUUCUCCAUUAUUUAUCAUCAACCUGGUGAUACGGACUAGGAGCGUUGAGUUUAUGCCAUUUUAUCUCUCCCUCUCAACGUUCCUAAUGAGUACAUCUUUCCUCCUUUACGGCAUUCUUAAUGGUGACAUCUUCAUCAUCCUUCCAAAUAGUAUCGGAACCCUCCUGGGGAUGACGCAAUUGCUCUUGUACUGUUACUACAAAAGCAACGGCUCCGAGAGCUCGAGGGAACCCUUGUUAGAGUCUCUUCAUGAGCAUAAAGGGGUAGGAAAAGGUGAAACCUGAAAUUCAGAGACCUUUUGGUUUGUUUGUUUCAUUUUGUUAUUCCAGGUUGGGUUAUUCUGAAUUGCUUGGCCAUAGAUUUCGAGCCCGGGUCACUCUCAUUGUUAAGGAGCCGUCAUAUAUUAUUUCUUGUGCCCGUAUGUGUAUAUCACGUCCCCCUGUACAGGGCAGUUGCUGCAUCAUUUCUUCUGGAAUAAUAGAACGGUAUCAAGUGCCUCGGUUUCUGCUCCAUUCAGUUGCCUAGUCAAUUAUCAGUUGUUUAGCUGGAUGUUGGUGUGAUUUGAUACAACUCACUGCCCGAUUGAUCCUGUGCCAUUGGCAGUUGCUUUUGUUAUUGGGCUUCGGAUAAUUUAGGCAGAUGAUGAGAAAACGGUCUUUCUCCAUGUCUGAUUUUCGAAAUGAUUGAUUGUCUUUGAUUGUUGAA